CAGUGCCAGCAGCAGCAUGCGUGUUCACGUCAUCAGGUUGCGUCCCGGGACUGAGGUGACAGAGGAACUGCAGCGGUUGGCGCGGGAGGAGCUGCAGGCAGGAGGUUGUGUGCUGACCUGCGUGGGCUCGGUUACGGGCAUCACCCUGCGCUUUGCUUCACAAGACACCGGCGGCGACAAUAAGAUUCAAAGCUUCAAGGGCCAUUACGAGGUGCUGAGUCUGGUUGGAACCUUGACAAAGGAUGGCCUGCACCUGCACACUUGCUUGGGGGACAAAGAUGGCAAGACCAUCGGUGGUCACGUCAUGGGUGACAUGGUCACCUACACCACCAUGGAGCUCGUCAUCGGCGUCAUGGAAGACUUUGUCCUCACAAGAGAGUUCGACGAGGAAACCAAAUUUGAUGAGCUGGUCGUCACACCUGCUAAGUAAAGGAAAUUUAACGAGUAACCGUUUGAUCUGGAUAGAAUAUUUCAACGUAAAGCUGUUGUUAAUGUAUUUUAGAUAUUUUAGACAAAUGUCGGUAGCACUUUAAAAAUGUAAAAU